CGCCCACGUGGCCUGAGAAUUUCAUGGUGUGAUGUGUCCUCGGGGAUGUCGCGAGGAGCCUUCCACUUGCUUUUUCUACAUCACCUCCUCCUCGCCUUUGCCGCUCGACAUGCGGCGCAGAGUGGAGCCAACAGCGCAGCGGUCAGCGCAGACUGGAGCCGCUCUGCUCGGCAAACCUUGCAGAGCAUUCAGUUGCUGUGGAACCCUGAUGAGGGCAACGAGUCCGAAGCAACCGAGAAUAAUACAGAAGUGCAGCUCUCGCAGUACUUGGCGGUGAUGGCGUUGAAGAGCUGCACGGAGAUGAGCUCUGUGAAUGUGAAGAAUAGCUCUGUGUUGGAGCUGAAGAGGAGGCUCAAGGACGCAAAACCACGUCCUGCGACAUCCCGUGACGGUAUUUCAAUGAAGCCCAUGAAGCUGCUGCUGGACCACGUAAAGCACUCUGCAACCUGGGGUUCGGUUCUUUCUCAGCUACAGGCUAUUCGGCUGCCUACAUCCAGAUGGCACACUUGUGAGUUCAGGAAAGCUUGCAGGUGA